AGCAUGGCGAAGACAGCGCACCUGCUGUUACACGUUGCCGUGAUCCUCCUGGCGAGUGGCAUCGUAACGGGUCAGUUCUUUGUGAACCUCGGAGACAAGCAGAAGCAAGGUGGAGGAACCGAUGUCGCGUCGGGGUCUGCUGGGGGCGACGUUGCUGCUGGAGACCAGGGUGCAGCCUCAGGGGCCGACCAGCAGGCGCAGCUCCAGGAGGACUGGACUGCCUUUGUGAAGUGGUUCCGCUCCAAUGGAGGGAUCAUCAGCUCAAAGUUGACUGUCAAGGUUAGGAACGGAAGGCAGGGUGUUUACUUCAAGGAGCGCAUGAGGAGAGGUGAAACUAUCGUUUCUUUCCCCAGAAACCUCCGUUUAGAUGAGAAGACCGCUAUGAAGGGCAAGGCCGGUCACGUCUUCCAGCGUCUCAAGCAAGACAAGUGCUAUCCUGACUUGAUGGUGAUCCUCCAUGUCGUGCAUGAGGACAAGCUUGGAAAGGACUCGUUCUGGUUCCCCUACUUCAAGCUCCUCAGAAGGCAGUACAACAACAUCAUGUUCCUGACGGAGCCCCAGAUGAAGACGCUGCUGAGAAGGCCCGGGUGUGAGAACACUUACAACCUCGGAGUGAUGAUGCGUCGUACGUUCAACAACUUCUACGAGUGGUACAAGAAGAACAUCGAGCCAUGGGCUCCACCUGAGUUCCAGUUCACCCGUGACGAGAUCCUGUGGGGCUUCAACACCCUGGUCACUUGCGGGUGGGGCCAACAGAACGGCAACGGUGACAAGCUCAUGGUUCCCUUCUCCGACAUCCCCAACCAUCGCCGCGAGUCUGCCCAGAAGGCUUCUAACCGUGGUUUCAUCUCUGCUGCCAAGGAGUAUCAGGCUGGAGAGGAGCUCACCUUCGACUACGGGCUGCUCAACGAUGCUGUGCUGGCCUACUACGGACAGCCCACGCCCGAUUGCCGUGGUCUCAAGCGGUAAUGAGGACGUGAAGACUUUGAGGGCCCUCGGACGGCCAAAGGAACACUCGAUCGAAUUGUUAAUAACCCAACGAUAAGGCGUUCGGGUUAAAUGAUAUGAUGAAUAAAGAACGCUGAACUGA